AUGGCUUCCGGAUUCGGCUUCAAGGGCGGACGUCCCCGCUGCUUUGCGCACUGGCAGGAGUUUUCCAAGUGCUACGCCCAGUCUGACUCGCCCAAGGACUGCGCCGGCGAAAAGGACGACUACCUCGAGUGCCUGCACCACACAAAGGAGAUUGCGCGAGCCAAGGAGAUCAAGGACCACUGGCUGCAGAGGCAGGCCAAGGAGGCGGCACAGCAGCGGGAACAGGGCGAGGUCAGGGCCACAUCAAGCAUCCUCGACCUCGGCCUCAUAAGCUCCGACAGCGACGGAAAGAAGCAAGACGCGCAAUAG